AUGGCUCCGCCACUGGUGAUAACUGUAAUGGUUGUAGCAAUAGCUUUCUUCAUGAUCGGUUCCGACAAUGUCAACAUGGCGAAAGCUCAGCUCUGUGGAGCUAAUCUGUCGGGACUGGUGAACGAGUGUCAACGUUACGUUAGCAACGCCGGACCAAAUUCUCCGCCGCCGUCUCGGUCCUGUUGUGCUCUGAUCCGUCCUAUAGAUGUACCGUGUGGUUGUCGCUACGUUACUAGGGAUGUUACGAACGAUUUUGAUAUGGACAAAUUGAUUUACGUUGCUCGUUCUUGUGGCAAGAAGAUUCCAUCUGGCUAUAAAUGUGGAAGUUACACCAUUCCGGCGGCUUAG